UGUUCUGCCUGCGGCUAUGGAACCCUAACCUGUUCACCGGACGUGCUGUUUUCAUCUCUCUAGAGACAGCAGGAGUGUUAGAGAUACUCUCAAUGAUUGGCUAUGAAAAGCCAACUGACAUUUACUCCUGAGGUGCUGACUUGUUGCACCCUCAACAACUACUGUGAUUAUUAUUAUUUGACCAUGCUGGUCAUUUAUGAACAUUUGAACAUCUUGGCCAUGUUCUGUUAUAAUCUCCACCCGGCAGAGCCAGAAGAGGACUGGCCACCCCUCAUAGCCUGGUUCCUCUCUAGGUUUCUUCAUAGGUUUUGGCCUUUCUAGGGAGUUUUUCCGAGCCUCCAUGCUUCUACACCUGCAUUGCUUGCUGUUUGGGGUUUUAGGCUGGGUUUCUGUACAGCACUUUGAUAUAUCAGCUGAUGAAAGAAGGGCUAUAUAAAUACAUUUGAUUUGCUUUGAACUUUAGGUGAGCUAAACUUCUACAUAUGCUAGAAAUGUGUAUCUAACUGCACCUAACGCAACUUUCAGGGAAAGUAGGCUAUGCUUAUUGUAUAGUCUCCCUAGGCAGACGGGUUUCCUCCCAGGCUCCCACAUGCCCUAGGUCUUGGAUUGAGAAUACCUAUUGCAUACAUUUGAUACCAGUUCACUGAGAUGUUCAUUCCAUAUAGAUGUAUAGAGGACUCUAGUGCCCAAAAGCCUGGUGUUAAAAGUGGGCAGCGCCAUUGAGGACUUUCAACAUUUUUAAGUAGUCGACUGGAUGGAACUUCCUAUGGGUUAAGGAAGGAUCACAUAAUUCCAUCCAGGUCAUCAGGAGGGAUCAGCCAAAUAAUUAUACUCCUGAGCAAACAUUUCAUAACUGCAGGUGACACUAAAUUGCCAACCUUGACUGUAUACCUGUUGAGACAACACACUCCAGGUGGCAGUAUGCACCCUUUCAGUUUAUUUACCAACAGUUUAUUUGCCCAUGCUCUCACAGAUGCCAUCAUGGGGCAGAUACAAUGUUGCAAUCUCAAUACAUCUCUAUAGUUCAUUCUCACAGAGGUUUUGUCUAUUCUUAAACUGCCACCUAGUGACUGUAAUGCUGAAUCAAGCUUAUAGGCAGAAGAGGCACGCGACUUGCUGUAAUAAAGGUGGGGUGGCUAAAACCUACAUUGUUGUUGUACUGUAUGAUUGAAAUGUUCACCUUCCAUGUGAAUUGAUUAUAUGCUGACAUUUUAUAAUGCUUCGUAUUGUAUGAAGUCAUUGACAUAAUUUUCUGUCAAAGUUGGGAGGAACCUUCAGUAUCCUUCAGUACACUAUUUCUGGUGGGAAGGGAUUAUUUGUUGCACUCUGCGUGCGCAUUUGUUAUUCAACCGACUUACAACAGGAGUAGCUAACAUCCUUAUCUUGAACUUGCCAUAUUAAAGUUGUUUUAACUUUCAUAAUGUCGGAUGUCUUGCUUCGAUGGUGUGUGGACCAGUUGCACCACAACUUUGGCUUGGAGGCCUGUGAAGACAUAGUCCGGUAUAUUCUGGACAUCGACAAUGCGUACGAGAUAGCGGAGUAUGUUGGGGACCUCCUUCAGGGCACUGAUGGAAGGAAGAAGCAGUUUAUAGAUGAACUCCUGGACAGAUGGCAGCGGUCUCAGACACUGACUCCUGACAGCACUGGCCUGUUCCCCAUGAACUCUCUGUCAGGAACAGAUGCUCAAGACAUGUCCAAGGACUCCCAGAAGAAAUCCAAGCGCAAAGGCAGGAACAAGCAAGAGGUGAUGACUGUUAGCCAAGCAGAGCCUGAGCCUGAGGUGGUGAAAACUCCCAUUGACCUAAUGAAGGCCCAGGAGAGUGGCAGCUCCUCGUCACAUAAGAAGAAGAAGAAGAAUACAUUUGUGAGCCUCUACAAUAAAGAUGGCCAGGACAAGCUGGCUAUCCUGCUGCCCGGGCGCCAUUCCUGCGAAUGUCUGGCCCAGAAGCACAACCUCAUCAACAACUGCAUGAGCUGCGGACGCAUUGUGUGUGAGCAGGAGGGAUCAGGGCCCUGCAUCUUCUGCGGCAGCCUGGUAUGCACCAAAGAGGAGCAAGAGAUUCUGCAACGAGACUCCAACAAAAGUCAGAAACUGCGCAAGAAACUUAUGGAGGGGGCAUCGGAGAGGGGCUAUCUUCCACACCAAGAGGCAAAGAUGAAGGCAGGGUUAGAAAAGGCACUUCAACAUAAAGACAAGCUGCUGGAAUACGAUAAGAACAGUACGCGACGAACGCAGGUCCUGGAUGACGAGUCAGACUACUUUGCCACCGACUCCAACCAGUGGCUGUCGCCUAGCGAGCGCGAGCACCUGAGGCAGAAGGAUGAGGAGCUACGGGAGCUUCGCCACGCCUCCAGGAAGGACAGGAAGCUCACACUGGACUUCACAGGCCGACAGGUGCUUGACGAGGGAGAGAAUAACAGUCAUUACUACAACAAGUUUGAUGAGACGGUCAAGGCCCUCAACACAGGCACCAAGGGGAAAGCUCCCCAACGCCCUGAGGGACCAGCGGGACGGCAGCACCUGAGAGAGCUGGUCAACCCCAACAUCGUACAGGCUGCACCCAAGUGGGUGGACGUGGGUAGUGGCCCUCGGAGAUCUCAGGAUAAAGGGGUUGUUGGUACAGAGGGGGAUGGCGCUGUAGGCCCAGAACGCUCCAGACUCCGGCUGCAGGACAGAGAGCUGCAGGAGAUGGCAGACGGGGGCUGGUGCAUCAGCAUGCACCAACCAUGGGCCUCGCUACUGGUCAAAGGAAUAAAGAGGGUGGAGGGGAGGAGCUGGUACACAUCCCACCGCGGGCUCCUGUGGAUAGCAGCUGCAGCCAAGAGGCCCACCCCUGAGGAGGUCACUCAGGUGGAGAACAUGUUCCUUCAAAUCUACAAGAGAGAUCUUAAGUUUCCUAAAGACUACCCGACCGGCUGCCUGCUGGGCUGUGUCAACAUAACCGACUGUCUGUCUCAGGAGCAAUACAAGGAGCAGUUUCCUCAGACCUGCGAGGAGUCUGGCUCUCCGUUCGUCUUCGUCUGCACCAACCCUCAGGAGCUGCUGGUGAAAUUCCCCAUGAAAGGAAAACAUAAGAUCUUCAAGCUGGAGAGUCAAUAUCAUAGGGGUGCGAAGAUGGGACUGGUUCCGUCGGCGGCCGUGUGACGUUGGCGAGAGAGAGCGAGAAAGCGAAGAGAGAGUGUGGACCAGAUGGAGGAGAGGCGGAGGAGAACAUCCAGAGUGGGUCAUAUUCUGACUACUGUGUUUUAUCAGGAGUUCCAGCAAAAAAUAAAUAUGGACACACUGGCUAUACAUGGCGUCCUCUCAAGGGAUUUACAGUUUAUAGACUAUGACUGAGCAGACAUUCACCACACAGGAAAGUUAUUACCAGGUUCUCUACAUUCUAUACUGUCUACUCUUGAACAGUUGCAUUUUCUGCAAUAAACAAUGUAGAAAUUUAA